GUGCAGCCAUUGGCUAUAGUCUGAUACCUUGCUGAUGAAAGCCUGUGCUGCCAUCUAGUGACCAAUUGGUGAAAACUGCCACUGCAGCAGGACAAAAAGGAUGGUUCAAGUAGACCAGCAGAGUAUUUCAGAACGUGGAUUGCCUUUCUUCGAUAUUUUAAGCAAAAGUAAAAAUGUGAGAUGGGUUUUGAGCAGAAAACGCAAAGGAGCUUCAUUUGACGACACUGAGCAUGCUCCGAUGCUUAUGAGCAUGCUCAGAUGCACAGACAAGGGAGGAGGAAAGACUAUUGCUGUCACUACAAGGGCUUGAGCUGCAGAAGCGGGCUGUGAAAGAAGAGCGAGUUUCUGUCACCUGCAGCUGCUCUCUUGGAUCUGGAGGGCGGUGCAAGAGGUCGGCAGCGCUGCAGGAAGCGUUGCACGUCCUUUGACAGGCUCACUGACUCUGCGCCCAGCCCGGGAGGAUCGUUACUGUUUGCGGAGCGCUUUGCAUAAAAAGGAAGGCUCGGACCAGUUUUCUCUCUUCACUGCAGCAUGUGACAAUUGGAAGAUGGAAAAUGGAGUGGGAAAUCCAGCAAAGGAUUGCUAGGAGGUGACAGAUGGAAAAAGAGAAACCAGAAGAGACUAAAACCUGGAGCAGAAUGGAAGAGCAGGAGUGUACCACCUGCUUCUCAGAAGAAAUCCAAAACGUCAUGAAUGAAAAAAGAGAAAAAAGCCUGUCCCCUUCUCAUAGGAAAGGCUUGUGUCUGGAACAAAGCUUUGAACCUCAAUGGGAAAUGCACACAGAGAAGAAACUGUGUGAGAGCUCGGAGUGUGGAAAUGGCUUCAGUGGGGGUGGAGCUCUUACUCUGCACCAUAGAACCUGCACUAGGGAGAAGACACAUAAAUGCUCUGUGUGUGGAAUGAGCUUUAGCCAGAGUGUACAUCUUAAAAAACAUCAUAGAACCCACACUGGGGAGAAAUCACAUGAAUGCUUGGAGUGUGCGAAGAGCUUCAGCACGGAGCGAGCUCUUUACAUACACCUUAGAACCCACACUGGGGAGAAACCAUAUGAAUGCUUUGACUGUGGGAAGAGCUUCAGCCAGAGUGGACAUCUUAAACGACAUCGUAGAACCCACACUGGAGAGAAAACACACAAUUGUAUGGAGUGUGGAAAGAGUUUCAGUAGUAGUGGACAACUUACUGUACACCAUAGAAGCCACACUGGGGAGAAACCAUAUGAAUGCUCGGAGUGUGGAAAAAGGUUCAGCCAGAGUGGACAUCUUACAUUACACCAUAGGAGCCACACUGGGGAGAAACCAUAUGAAUGCUUGGAGUGUGGAAAAAGGUUCAGCCAGAGUGGACUUCUUAUAUUACACCAUAGAAGCCACACUGGGGAGAAACCAUAUGAAUGCUUUGACUGUGGGAAGAGAUUCAGCCACAGUGGAGAUCUCACAUUACACCAUAGAACCCACACUGGAGAGAAACCAUACAAAUGUCUCGAGUGUGGAAAAAGCUUCAGCAGUAGUGGACAACUUACUGUACACCAUAGAACUCACACUGGGGAGAAACCACAUGAAUGCUUUGACUGUGGGAAGAAAUUCAGCCACAGUGGACAUCUUACAUUACACCAUAGAAGCCACACUGGGGAAAAACCAUAUGAAUGCUUGGAGUGUGGAAAGAGAUUCAGCAACAGUGGAGAUCUUACAUUACACCAUAGAAGCCACACUGGGGAGAAACCAUAUGAAUGCUUGGAGUGUGGAAAGAGAUUCAGCAACAGUGGACAUCUUACAUUACACCAUAGAACCCACACUGGGGAGAAACCAUAUGAAUGUUUGGAGUGUGGAAAGAGGUUCAGUCAGAGUAGAUUUCUUAUACUACACAAUAGAAGCCACACUGGGGAGAAACCAUAUGAAUGCUCGGAGUGUGGAAAGAGGUUCAGCCAGAGUGGACAUCUUACAUUACAUCAUAAAACCCACACUGGGGAGAAACCACAUGAAUGUCCGGAAUGUGCAAAGAGCUUCAGCACUGAGCGAGCUCUUUAUAUACACCAUAGAACCCACACUGGGGAAAAACCAUAUGAAUGCUUUGACUGUGGGAAGCGCUUCAGCCAGAGUGGACAUCUUAAACGACAUCAUAGUACCCACACUGGAGAGAAACCACACAAAUGUCUGGAGUGUGGAAAGAGUUUCAGUAGUAGUGGACAACUUACAGUACACCAAAGAACCCACACUGGGGAGAAACCAUAUGAAUGUUUGGACUGUGGGAAGUGCUUCAGCCAGAGUGGACAUCUUACAUUACACCAUAGAAGCCACACUGGGGAGAAACCAUAUGAAUGCUUGGAAUGUGGAAAGAGGUUCAGCCAGAGUGCACUUCUUACAUUACACCAUAGAAGCCACACUGGGGAGAAACCAUAUGAAUGCUUGGAGUGUGGAAGGAGGUUCAGCCAGAGUCGACAUCUUAAACAACAUCAUAGAACCCACACUGGUGAGAAACCAUAUGAAUGCUUUGACUGUGGGAAGAAAUUCAGACACAAUGGAGAUCUUACUGUACACCAUAGAAGCCACACUGGGGAGAAACCAUAUGAAUGCUUGGAGUGUGGAAAGAGUUUUAACAGGAGUGAAUCUCUUAUUAGGCAUCAUAGAAUCCACACUGGGGAAAUACCAUUUAAAUUGCUCUGCAUGUAGAAAUAUCUUCAGCUGGAAUGAAAACCUUCUUAUGCAUAAUGGAAACCAUGCCUCAAGUGGAAAGAGCUUCAGGAGGAAGCAAUGCCUUACUGCAUAUGUGCAAACUCAUACAUUGUAUAAAUCAUACAUAUGAAACUUCAGGCAAGCCUAGGAAUCUUCCUCAUUUGUGUGAAACAUAAAACCUAAUAAGAUAUCUUCUUUUGAUUAUUUGAUUUUUCCCUCAUUGCUUCUGAAGUGUCUUGGGAACCAGUGUUGGCAGGUGUGUAUUUUGUUUCUGUGUUAUGUAUAAAUCUGCAUAAUUAGCUCAAUUAAUGAAUAUUAGUGUUUCACAGUCUUUGCUUUCUUUUUGUUGACUGUGAAUACACUUCUGUGUGGGUCUCUGGAAUGUGGACCAUGGGUGAUAUAUCCUAAAUUGCCCUGUCCAAGAGGAGAUUUCUAUGCAAAGUUUCUCUCCCUACCUUCAUAAUAUAAUGAAUUGGGCCGGGGGUUACGGGGGGUUCCCUGUUCUCAUUCAGAGCUUCUUACAAUCCUGGAGAUGCAAAAGGGCCAGAACAAAGCCAGGGCAUAGCAAGCUCUGAAGGGGCCAGAUGCUGAGCUAGAUGGACCAAUGGUCUGACUCAGUAGAAGGCAGCUUUCUUUGAGGAUAGGGCCAUUGCUCAGUGGUAGAGCACCUGCCACUAAUGCAGAAAGCUCCAGGUUGAAUUCCUGGCACGUUCAGGCAUCUCCAGGGUUGAGAAAUUCCCCAACAGAAACCUUGGAGAGCUGCUGCCUGUCAGUGUAGACAAUACUGAGGUGUCUGGACCAAUGGUCUGACUGAGUUUGGCAGUUUCAUAUAUACAUCUGAAACUGUACUGUUGAAACAGCCCAACUUAUGGAGUGGAGACUGUUUUGGUUGGCCUGAUGGAUGACCUCCAAUUAAGAAUUGACAGAGUGUGACUCUGUUAGUCCUUUUGGAUCUCUCGGUGGCUUUCAGUACCAUCGCUCAUGGUAUCCUUCUCGACCAUCUGAGGGAGAUGGGUGUGGGAGGCACUGAUUUACAGUGGUUCCGCUCAUACCUCUCUGGCAGAUUUCAGAGGGUGUUUCUCCAUGUCAGCUUCCUCAGGAAAUGGCAUAACUUCCCCAGUCACCUGUCUGUCAGUAUUCCCUCUAAGGAGUAGGCAUGUGUGUGCACUCACAAAUUUUUGGACAUCCGCUCAGUUAGUUUUAGGUCCCACUCAGAUUGAAUCAGGAAAGCCCCAUUCUGAAUGCAGGUGCGCACACACUGCCUUGAUGCUGCCACCCAGAACAAAACUCAUUCUGCACACAGAUGAAAAGAAUUAGAGAGAACAAUACUGCCUGGAUGCAGUAAUGCGCUGGAUGAGGGAUAACAAACUGAGCCUGAGCUUUCAGUAUCAUUGACCAUGGUCUCCUUCUGGACCGUACUGAGGGUGAUGGGUGUAGAAGGCACUGUUUUACAGUGGUUCCACUCAUACCUUGUUGUGAACAGGCCUGCAUUUUGGACCAAGUCGUGAACUCUGCACAUCUCAUGGUUGUUACAGCAGUCUGUUCUGGCCAAUGAUUUUUUAAAUGUUGAAGAAAAACAGAUGUACACACUUGGGGAAGGAAUGUAUCUUUCUCUGCAGUUUUGUGAUGUGCAGAAUCUCGAGCUGCCAUCUCAAAGGUCAAGCUGACAUGAAGGAGGAAGGUUUGGUGCAUAAGCACUAGGGGAAUUUUGUUGUUUGUUGUUCUCAUAAGUUCCCUAUGUUUUUCUUGGAAAUCCCCUUAGAAAUCGGAGAGCAAGGACCAGGAGCCAUCAUUGCCAAAUUUAGUCAAAAUAAGGGUUUGUUUUCUGAUUUUGCUCAAACACCUCCCUGAACAGAAAAAUGGAUAUGAAAGCCUGCUAUGCACAUUGGUACUUUGCCUCGACUCAGCAUUAACAUCAAAACUAAGAGAGAGAUGGCGUGCAGGUAAGCUAGCUGAUUGGUCAUAGGAUCUCUCCAAAAACUUAUUGCCAUCAGGUGUGAACCUGUUGAGGUCAUCAGGGGAGGUCUGUCUGAGGGUGCCACCUCAGACUCAGCCACCUCAGACUGGUGGUAUUUCAGAGGCAAGCCGGUGGCAACGCAGAGCUGGCGAACCUUCUCUGUAGUAACCCCAGGGUGGUGGAACGUACUUCCUGCUGAGAUUAGAGCUGCUACAUCCCUGAAAGCUUUUAGGAAACAACUGAAGGCACAUCUAUUCAACCAAGCAUUUUAGUUGAAUGUUAUUGAUUGAUUUGACUUCAAAUUUUAUAUAUGUUUUAAAUGUGUUAAAUUUUUGGUAUGGUUUUUUGUUGUAAACUGCCUAGAGAUUUUGCUAGUGGGUGGUAUAUAAAUGUGUUAAUAUAUAAAAUCUGGUUGUGCAGACCUGGAGUAGACAGUACUGAUCUAGAUGGACUAUGCCUUACUCCAAGCCAGCUUCGUGUGUUCCACAUUGCAUCUCAUGGCUUUUAAUUUUUUUUUUUAACCUACCUGGAGUCAAUCUGAUCUGAUACAGGUUCACACUUGCUGCAUCCAGAAUUUAAAAUCUAUUUGAAGAUUUUUAUUUUGGGGGAACACAAGGGCCUAGACCCUUGCCCUCAGGGUUCUAAUGUUGGGUCUGUAACAGUGGUACAUCUAGGCAUUCUGAAAGCCCACACCUAAAGAGUGUUGGAAGCAUGGGUUCCUGCCCCUGCGGAGGCCCCUAUGAAGGCCUCCUUUUUCUGUAGGGAAAUCAGGGGGAUUUGGAAAAAAGAAAAGAUAUCCGUGCACACUGCUCUCUUGUUCCCCGGGGGUUCAGCUGUCAUGGGGGGGGGGUCUCUCCCACUGUCCCUUGCUGUGCCCCUUGUCAGCCAUUGAUCCUUCCUCAGCCAUGAACUUAAGGCUAUCUAGUGUUCCUCCAGCCUCAGUCCUCUAUCUGUAGAAUGGGUAUAGCCAUGCCCCUUUCCCCAGGAAUGGCCAGGUUCUGUUACCUGUGAAUCUAAGCAUAUCAUAUUGAUUUAUAUGUACUGAUCCUAGGAUAUAUAGUUAAUGGAGAACUGAGCUCUUGCUACACCAUUUUGAUGGUAGCUGAAGAGAACAAGAGUCCCCUCCAUCUUGUAUUCCUGAAUGUAUGUCAGUGGGAAAGAAUCUGCUUAGCAUGCUUUGGUUCUUAUACUAAGCAGACCUUGUAAUUUGCAACAUAAUAUGUAUUCUCUAUGCCUUGCUUUGUUUUGGCCUACUGGUCAGGAGAGGUGAUGAUGCUGGUAUCUGAACUGCCUCCUAGAGGCUGCAUAAGCACUCCUUUUAACAAUGGUAGUAUCAUAAGCCUGUUGGCCUAAUAUGGAGUUGUACUGCCGGACUACCUGCCUGGCUUGUUGUGAAUGAUGAUGUAUUCAGAUGUAUCAAUUGUUGUAUAAAAGCUUUGGACGGACACCAUCUUGGUUCCAUCAUGUCUUUGGGAACUAUCCCCUAGAUGGCCACUUUGUUAACUCUGCAGAAUUCAAUAAAGCUUCUUUGAACUCUAAAGUUUUCUCCUCGGUACGUACAAAAUUGGCUAUCGUCUGCCAAGUAGAUAGUAACCCAUUGGUUAACAUCUGGGGGCUCGUUUGCUGGGAUCAAGCGAGGCGGCUUCCCCAGCCUCACACUACUUGGCCUGUGAGUGGCCCCUCUGGGUCCCCUCGACAGCUGGGCAGCGCGCACCGCCAUCCCUUUGUCCAGAGUCCAGCUUUCGAGGAGGCCGGCUUGAGGCACCCUCCAGCACUUUAGAGCGACGCCAAUAGAGGAGAAACUUUCCACCUUUCGAAUACUGCUCCACGGGUCCGAGAACACAGGUAAGAAAUAAAGUCCCUCCUAGACAUUCCUGGCACGUGACUGGUUGGUUCCUGGGUAGUCCGCGGGUGGCAAGGCUUGGGGAGAGUUGGCCGGCCAUCCCUGGAGUCCGUGCGGUACCAGGGGAACCCGGCCCAUGAGUUGCAAGCAAUUUGUUGGGUGCUCAUCUCCAUUUGGUCAAAAACUGCCAGUGGCACCAGGGUCGGCUGACCGGUUCUCCUGUGGCUGAGUCCAUCGCGGUAGGGAACGCCGUGUAGCAAGGCCGGCAGCAGAGAGGCUGUGGCACUAGGCUCAUGAGGAGAGUUUCUUCACCGUAGGACCAGAACGAGAGGGCAAUGGGUUCCUGUGUAUCGAAGUGCAAAGAGACGUCUUGCACCCCAUUGCAGAGUAUUCUUAAGGGUUGGAAUCAGCAUGGGGAAAAUUGAGCUCAGGAAGAGCAGAAUGACUAGCUAUUGCCAUGAUCAAUGGCAGUACUACACCCUGUCAGGAGUAGUACUGUGGCCCUCAGAAGGCUCAUAUGAUUACCAAACAAUUUUGCAAUUGUUGUUCUGCUCAAGAGCUGGUAAACUUGUGGAGCAUCAGUAUGCUCAAAGGUAUACCCUGAUUCAGUCCCUGAGGACUAUGAUUCAGAGGAAGGGAUGAUUGCAUUUUGAUAAAAUCAUGAUGCCUGUGUUCUGUUUCUAAGCUCAGCAGCUGCUUGCUGCCUCAACAGAGAGGAAAGGGUGGGGGGGGACAAGUGGGAAAGCGCUCGCCGCUCCUUUGCUUGAAUAGCUGCUUUCGAGCACUGUUAAAAUGCAUGCAGGCAGGGUUCAUGGAAUCCUGCCUGAAAGAAAUGUGUCUCUUGUUGAUAUCUCCUGUUGCUACUCUAUCCCGUUGCAACUGUCUCCCCUGUGCUGCUAGAGUGGGGUGGAAUCAUGGCGCUUUUGCAAGCUCCAAUUCCAGGUCAGGAGGAGAUUGAGUUUUGUGUCUGCUGGCUCAAGCUGCUCGCUCAGCUCUGCUGCCAAGCAACAUAGUACAUCAGGGCUCCUCCACCCCUGUGCUGCUACCUUUACCGUUAAGAAAACUUGCAGACAUUCUUUGGUAGCUUCUCCCUCUUGGGAACAAAGGUUGCUUUGUUUCCCUUUUUUUUCUUUUCCCUUCUUCCUUCCUUCAACUGCUUGCACUUGGGGAGAAGAGGAGAAAAAGAAGGGGGGAAUGGUGGAAGAAAGGAAUGUGCAAUGUCUUAACGAGUUUGGUUGGGAAAUGAUAAAAAGGUUUAAUGGCACUUGUAAAUUAAAAGAGAUAAGGUAAGCUGAAUUACAGACUGUUUUGUGAAAGACUGUAAUAACUUUUGCCCUGUUUGAGUUACUUUGCUAACUGAGUUUUAUGGCUAAAUGAUUGUGUGCCCUAAAUAUGUUUAGGUGUUAUAAAAUCCUCUGUGAUUCUGAAGAACAAAAGGCGUAGAUUUACAGGCUACUUGAAAAUGGAUGUUUUCUGUUCUGUAAGCCUUAAACAUGUUAAAACCACAGCAUUGUUUUGUUCACAAGAGAAUGUAUUGUGACUGUGUGUAUUAGUGCCUUGUGUUAAUUCCGGGGUGUUGUGUGUGUGUGUGUUCUGAGCAGGAGCCCAGAUAAGCUCCAGUGAAGAUUUUGUUCCUGAAAACUUUAUUCCCGUUUAGUCCUGUGCAGGAUCCCUCAUUUUGUUAAAGUGCAGUGAGCUGGGGCCAAGACCCUCACCAUCUCUGUGCAGAUGAGACUUUUGUUGUGUUUUUGAAUAUGUAGAACUUGCUCUGAUUACUGAAUAUCAGAAUUCGGUUACCGUAUCAAUCGAGAAAUUGGUUGUGGCCUGAGUGGCAGAGGGAACUUUCAGAGGUCCCAGCUGGCCAACUGGGAUGCUGAGGUUUUCCUUCUUUGCAGGUCCUCCCGAUAUCACAUUGAUUGUGUUGUUUCUGUCAUUCAGAUACAAUUGUUUUUUGCCAAAUGUACCCAGAAUGUUGGGGGCAAUAUGCUAAAUCAUUGUAAACCGCUUAGAGAGCUCCAGCUAUAAAGCGGUAUAUAAAUGUAAGUGCUAUUGCUAUUGCUAAAUGUGAUUUUACACUGUAGUGCUGACUUUUGUGGAACCACAAGCCUGUGAUACUUUCUUGAGCAAAAGAGAGACUGUGGGAAAGCUUUGUGUAAGUGUAUAGAUACACCAAGCAGGCAUAUCUCCUUGGCAAAAGAGAAAGCCGGGCGGGGGGGGGGGCUUAGGUUCCUCUAAUUUUGUUUAAGUUUCUGUAUACACUGUAUAUGGGAAAGUGUCUCCAACAUGGAGUUUGUCGAAUUCAGGGAGCCCAAACCGGAAAUUCUCCCCUCGCCUGUUUUCUUCCAACUACAGUAGGUUCCUGGUAAAUGAUGAUAACUCUGCCCACCUGAGGAGGGAAGUUCCCUGAACAGCAGUUUGUUAUUGUGGGUGAGAAGAAAAGGGGAUUUUAAGUCAAAUAGUCAAAUGGAGUUAUUGUUUUAUAUUUCUGCAAUAUCUGUGCAAUACUUCUGCUAACUGAUCUUGAUGUAAACUAAGAGUAUUGUCAAAUGGUCUAAGGCUUAAGUUUUAAAUUUGUCUUACCACCAGCCCUGCCUUUGCCUUCAUGGUAGUUGAACCUUCAAAUUCCCGAACCCAGACAGAAGAUUUGAAGAAAUGAGAAAUUUUGGUUUUAUCACUCCUGCAAGUGGCAGGGAGUUCCUAAGUACCAGUUUGCAAUUCACCUGAGAAACUUCCUAGCUAAAGGGGAUUAAUCUUUUUGUGUGGGCAAUUAGAGGGGCAGUAGAUAGCUGACUCCCUCACGCAUGACCAAAUAUCAUGUGACUUUGGUGGGGAACCCCUGGGGUUACCAUGGCCAUUAUUUUAUUCUUAAUCCAGCUACUUUACUUCCGAUUGAGCCUACAGAAGACCAAGAACAUGAUUGCUUGCAAGCUGUGGACUGCACCUAUGCCAGCCGACUUCCUGACCAUGAAGUUCUGGUGGUGAAAUCUCUUUCUCCAGGUAUCUCAGCACAGUUUGCAGAGCUCAUCGCCUUCAAGGUAAUUUUUACACACACAUGGGGCCACUUGGAAAGAAAGAAGAUUUUUAACAGUGGGAAACAAGGAAGUAAAGUAUGGGACACAGAUAUCAGAAUUCUAGACUGCUGUUGCACUAGUAGAAGAGGUUGCAGUCAUCCAUAGCAGAGGUCACCAGAGGGAAAUGACCCAGUGACAAUUGGGAAAUUGGAUGGCACAUGCUGCAGCUAAAACCACUGCUCCUUCUACUCCUGUUUCCAAGCAUCUUUGAUUCCUGUGCUUGGAAAGGGUUGUCAUGAGGCUACAUGGAAACCAGACUUUGUCAGCGGUCACACUCAGCCUAUGUGGAAUUCAAGCGCUGGAAUUUAUGUUGCAGCCUCUUGAGUGAAGACUAUGUUUGACCUGUUGGGCCUGCUUUAGUGUCUCCUCAAAUCCACAAAUCCACAAGGGAGGGUGAAAACGUGGGCACCUUUUUCUUGUGAACAUUUGCAGCUAUCAUUAUUGCUUGAAUUAAAGCCAAAGGAGGACAUCAUCCUCUGUUUUGGACUCUGACGGGGAGAGGAGCCAGGGCAAACAGGCAAGACACACAAAACAUGAUUGGGAAACGAUGCCAAAGGACCAAGUUGACAAUGGCCUCAGGUUUUAUUCAUUCUGUUAUUUGCCUUGAAAGUUUUAUAACCUUUCUCCUUUGGGAAUGGUACCCACUUGUGUUGGCAGGGACCUGAUCCCAGGACGCUGUCCCUACCCGGGGGAGGAAAUUGUUGGUAACUCACUUGCCUAUCUUGUGUCUUAAACUAUCUUUCCAAGAAGGACUAGUCCUCUCCAGAUCUGUACAGUAUGUGACCCGAAACAGUGGUCAAGUGUGAGGGAAGGAGUACCUGGUCCUAGAUUCAUCCAUCCAAUUGUCAAGGAAGUCCCCAGAGGACAACUCUGACCUGGAGCAGGCUAGAAUGCCCGCCGUCAGCAGCAGUUGCCUGAGGGGGGUCCCUGUUUGCGUUUCCAGGCUAGGCCAAUGGUGAUGGAACGUCCAUUGGCGGCCCUGUCCUGUGUUCGAGGAAGAGGCCCUGAUGCAAGUUUUCUGUUCCUGCUCCUCCUGCAUCCCAGAGUGCUGUGGGUGAAGAUUUAAUGCCAAAUACCUGAGGAGUGCCUGAUGGCUAACAGGCUAGCCAAAUAUCUAUCUGCCCCUGGAUUAUUUGCUACCUCAAGAAGCUACUAAGGGGGGUGGGAGUUGAUUUGUUGAUUUGCUCCACUUCCUUUGAUUUGCUCCACUUCCUUGUGGUGACUAUGUGCUGCUAUUAUUGCAGAACUCUGACUGGUGGGUACUGUGGGGGAGAUCAGAAGAUGCCUACAUCCUGUGCCCAUCUUACUGUCCUACCCAAGGCAUCUACCUGUAAGUCUGCACCUUUCUCCAACUUGAAGGUUCUUUUGUGCUCUACAGACAUUAUUUGAGACAUCCUAGGCCUGUUCUAGAUGUGAGAAAACUGGCUAUCUAAAGUUUUAUCUGUUAAUUUCCUGAGCACCUAUACUUGUUAUCUGAUGUGACUGUUAAGUAUACCUGAUUCCAAAAUGAUACUAUCAUUGCCAUUACUUUCCAUGAGCUAAUAAUCCAUGAAUCACCGGAAGCCCUUGGCUCCACAAAGCUCUCUGCACAAUCAUUCCUGGAAUUGGAAUGUCAGACCCAGAAAGGAGUGUGGCAGGUACUUCUGGUGAAAUGGAAUUGGCUCGGAACGUGGCUGUACAUGCUAUUGAUGUUGUGUAUGCAUUCUUGACAAUUUUGGGACUGAUUAUGAUUGAGAAAAUGUGUGAUGGUUUCGGUGUUUAUGAUAGUUUUGAUACUUGCCUUAUGCGGUGUAUUGGAAAAUGUUAUCAGGAAGAUUCAGAGAACCACCACAGGGUUUUAUCUGUUAUAAACAGAACCAAAACCAAAGCCCCUCUUUUAUCCAAACUAUUAUGUGGUUUGGAUAAAAGAGUUAACCCAUGGUUAGUAUGGGUCCUGAAAUCAGACUCUCCAGGUUCAGAUUCUUAGAUAAACACCCAGGACACCCAUGUAGGGAAGAUCUACCUAAAUUGCCAAAGAAGGUUAUCUCAGGAGGAGAUAGACUUGGUAUGGUAAAGAUUCCUGGAUAUGUAAUUGGUGGAGUUGUGUUGUUCAUUCUUGUUACUGUAUGCUGUAGUAGUUUGAUUUCCAUAAUGAUGUCUAUGGAUAAUACAAGGUGCAUACCAAAGCCAAAGCCUGAGGUAGCUCAAUAUCUUCAUGAGUGUGAUAGUGAGGCUUGAAAAAGGAGCAUGUAGUUGCCCUUUGGGGCCUCAAGAGGGGGGGAAUGUUACCUGUGAAUCUAAGCAUUUCAUAUUGAUCUAUAUGUAUUGAUCCUAGGGUAUAUAGUUAAUGGAGAACUGAGCUCUUGCUACACCAUUUUGAUGGUAGCUGAAGAGAGCAAGAGUCUCCUCCGUCUUGUAUUCCUGAAUGUAUGUCAGUGGGAAAGAAUCUGAUUAGUAUGCUUUGGUUCUUAUACUAAGCAGACCUUGUAACUUGCAACAUAAUAUGUAUUCUCUAUGCCUUGCUUUGUUUUGGCCUACUGGUCAGGAGAGGUGAUGAUGCUGGUAUCUGAACUGCCUCCUAGAGGCUGCAUAAGCACUCCUUUAACAAUGGUAGUAUUGUAAGCCUGUUGGCCUAAGAUGGAGUUGUACUGCCGGACUACCUGCCUGGCUUGUUGUGAAUGAUGAUGUAUUCAGAUGUAUCAAUGGUUGUAUAAAAGCUUUGGACGGACACCAUCUUGGUUCCGUCAUGUCUUUGGGAACUAUCCCCUAGACGGCCACUUUGUUAACUCUGCAGAAUUCAAUAAAGCUUCUUUGAAC